AAGAAGACAAAAACGACAAACUCAAAGAUGAUGAGCCCAAAGUCAACGAACUCAAAGAUAAUAAGCCCAAAGUCAAUAAACUCCAAGAUGAUGAGCCCGAAGUUGACGAACUUGAAAACAGUAAAUAUUAA